ACACGGACAACUUUCCUCUCUCUUCAAUCCAACGGCUCACAUUUUCCUCCUUUGACUCUUUCUUGUCUCUACCCCCCUACCUACCUACUACUACUACUAGCAGCACCCCCUUGACCCCCAACCCGCGCUCUUCACUCGCAUAUCCCAAUAACAAACCACGAGCUUCUUCUUCAACAUUUGCAUCACUCCACACACUAUUCUGACAUUCACUUUCUCCCUUCUCUACUGUAUCUUUUUUUGUCAAGAAAAUCUAGUGAAGAAACAUCAAAGAUCUUGUUGAUCUUCUUAAUCUUCAUUUGCGUGGCUUGGAUUGAAGACAAUAAUAUACUGCACUGGACCGAUCAACAUGCGGUGGGCAUUUUCUUCUCUGAGUUAUUGUGUGAAGUGUGUGCGCUUCGUGGUAUUCUUUCGCGUGAUUCUCUAACCCAUUUUACUUGAUUGCGAGAUAUCCUUAUUUUUUUUUCUUGAAACUUAAGUCCACUUGGAGGGUGAGAAUGUACAUUGCGAUUACCUUGAAGAGAUACAGAGCAGUCAAAGAAGCUGGUGAGAUUAAAAUGCAUGUGGGGAGUGUUGCUUAUUACCAAUUGAUGCUAGUUUGCCAGGCUGAGUACUUCCGUCAGUUGCUUAAACCUGUAACGUAGUCUGCUCAAGUGAAAGCGUUGGGGAGGUUGGGAUUGCUUGCUUCUUGUUGCUUUUAUUCAGCAAAGCCUGUGGAAGUUGGGAUUUGUCGGUUUUCUUCAGUGUAUAAGAAAUCAGAAUGACCUCAUUAAGCACUGAAUGUGGUUACUGUUGAUUGGAAUUGUCAGCACACUUUUACUACAACUAAUACACCUUGAACGUUACUCUCUUUUGUCUGUGCCUUUCGUAACUCUUAGCUAUUUUCGUAUUUAAAAAUUUCCAAGUGGAAAACUCAUUUCUUGUCCAAUUUACCUGGUUAUUUUGACUUAAUUACUCAUGCAGAGUAACUACCACUUUUUGACUCAAAAGCCUUAUGUCUCUCUGGAAGACCAAGCGGCUGGUGGUAAUAUGUUUGGUAUUCCCCCUCCAUCAGUUUAUGGUACAAUGGCACUUCCUACUGGUUUGAGAUCUUCUGUGCCCUUUCAUGGUUUCGAAUUUCAGUCCUCUGAGGCAUGCCCGAAGAAUUUCAUCAUCUUUGAUCAGACUGAUUACCGGAGCCAGAUCAUGUAUCACCCUGCUAUGGCUUCCAAGUUCCCAUAUCCUGAUCUGAAUUAUAAUUCAACUUGCUUCCAAGACGGCAUGGAGAAAAAAAUUGCAAACAAUGAGAAUACAGAAGUUUCUUCAUAUCUGAAGGAAGAUUCAGACGAUAUAAAUGCAUUACUCAGCUUGGAAGAGGAAGAACGUGAAGAGUAUGAUGAAGAAGAGGUGAGCACUGCACGCACCGAUGCAAACUAUGGAAGCAGUUCACCUGAAUCAUACUCUAACUACGACUGUCAAUCCAAAAAGAGCAGGACCUCUUCUUUCAGGAAGUGCUCUGGCAGUACUACUAGCAAUUGCAGUGAGAGAAAACGCCGGAAACUUAAGAAGAUGGUCAAGGCAUUAAAGGGAAUUGUCCCUGGUGCCAGCAGGAUGAAUACCGUCACCGUUCUUGAUGAAGCUGUCAGAUACCUCAAGUCACUUAAGGUGGAAGUGCAGAAGCUUGGAGUCGAAAAUUUGAAGACAUUUGCUUGAUCCCCCGUGUGGUAUGGGUAGCUCUACUCCCUUUAUCAUUGUCUCUGAAGAACUUCUUGUGCAUUCAUCGCCUACACCAUGUUGCUGAAUUGGUUCUCUGGAGCGAGUAACAUUACGUUGAAUUUGGUCCUUUGUCCGGUGGUUGGGCAAUAAGUCUGCUGUAGUAGCUCUCUGCUAUAUCUAAUUUCUCUUUCUAGCAUUUGAAUAAUUCUCCAAUAUGGGACACUUACUGAAACACUAUCACCUAUUGGAGCUAUUUGUUAUUGUUCUACUAUGACUUUGGUGGUUUAAGUUAAAUGAUUGUAGUUUAAUGUAUAAUUGGGUAGAUGAUUACACUUUAUGCAAGCGUGUUAUGGUGGAAUCUUUAAUGUGUAGUGUCCUUUUCUA